GCGACAGGAAGGCGGAGCCGCGGCUUCCGGAACCUCCUCCUCCACUCCUGGCGGUGGCUGUGUGGGGCUGGAGGCAGCUGAGCUUUUUAGCCGGUGAUGGCCGCGGCUGUCGCUAUGGAGACAGAUGAUGCUGGAAAUCGACUUCGGUUUCAGUUGGAGUUGGAAUUUGUGCAGUGUUUAGCUAACCCAAAUUAUCUUAAUUUUCUUGCCCAAAGAGGUUACUUCAAAGACAAAGCUUUUGUUAAUUAUCUUAAGUACUUGCUUUACUGGAAAGAACCAGAAUAUGCCAAGUAUCUAAAGUACCCUCAGUGUUUACACAUGUUAGAACUACUCCAGUACGAACACUUCCGCAAGGAGCUGGUGAAUGCUCAGUGUGCGAAAUUUAUUGAUGAGCAGCAAAUUCUGCACUGGCAGCACUAUUCCCGGAAGCGGAUGCGCCUUCAGCAAGCCCUGGCAGAGCAGCAACAGCAAAAUAACACCUCAGGAAAAUGAAAAGCUGGAUCCAGACCAGGCUCCUAAGACUGUAUAUGUUGCUUCUGUACAGUGAAGACCAAAAAAAAAACAGACUCAUCUUACCUACUUUCUUGUGCUAGCACUGAGUACCUUUGGUGUGCUAUUUAAUCCAACUAACUUUUCAUUGUCAGUAGAUUAUUUCUGUUAAGCCAAAAAUGUUCUUUGAUUUUCCUUUGGAUUUGUAAAUUUUUAUUAGUAUUUAACACACACAACUAAGGACAGAAACAUUUGGUGCUUUAGACCAGUUUAAGGAGGCAGUGAGGAUGGGGCAGGGGGAGGGCCGCCAAACAUCCUGAACUCAGUCAGGCUCUGUUCCUGAUGUACAGUGGGGGCUGGGGCAGGUCCAUCUCCUGGAACCUUACUGUCCCUCAGGUCAGCUACCCCACCCUUCUUAUCUACAUAGUAGUCAUUGACUAUUCCUUAUCCACAUACAUAAGAAAUAGAGUCAAUGACCUCUUUAAAUCCCAGAGCAGGAAUGGCAUAAGGUUUUUUACAUUCUGCAGAAGAGGACAUACCUGUCUCACUACUUGCUUUGCAAAGAGCUUUAAUGGAAGAACCAUUGCUAUGUCGCUGACCUAGUGAUGGCAGGGAGAUUGAUAGUUAAUUGGACUCUUGACCUUAGACUAGAACAAAGAUGAGGAAUUUCAAAUACUUGUGCUCAUUUGGCAAAGCUAACAUUUAUUUGGCAGACAUCAUAAACCAAGCACGUGUUAGUGCUUAGCUGCAUUUUCAUGUCAGUCUUAGAACAAUCUUUGUUCAAAAGGGGGAGACUGAGGCUUAGACAGUUUAAGUAACUUGCCUAUGGUUACACUGCUAGUAAGUGGUAAUCAGAGUGUGACUGACUCAGGUGGAAUCCUUCCUCCCGCUUGGCUGUAUCGGCUCUAGCCUCUUCUCCCUGCCUCAUCCCAAGUAGUGAGGUACGUUCAGACUGUGAAACAAAGCUGCCUGUAUGAAGUGGGGCUGGAUUAGGUGUGCUGUGCUGUGGUUAGCUUAAGUUCUGCAUUCUAAAGCCCAAAAGGCGUUUUAGGAACAAUAGUUCUUUGUAAAUUCAUGGAAUUUAAAUUAAAAGAUCCUAAAAUUCA